AUGGCGUGCCGCGAACAUGCCUUAAAAGUUGGAGAUGUCUUUUAUUCAUUUAGUGAGGUUAAGAAGGCUAUAAAAGAUUUUGAACUCGAACAAGAGGCUUCGUAUUGGCGACGUGACUCGAGGACGAUUCAAAAUAUGAUCAAAAGAGGUUAUGAUUUAGUUGAUAAUGAAGAUAUAAAAUAUUAUGACAUAACCUACUGCUGUGUAAUGGGUGGCCGAUCCUAUUCUUCGAGGUCAUCUGGCGCCAGACCAAACCAUAGCUCAUUCAAAAAUGGAUGUGAAUCUUAUGUGAAAUUCAAAUUAGUGGACGAUAGGUUAGUAGUUCGACAUAUGGACAUUGGGCACAACCAUUCGACACAUAGAGAGGAUGAUGUUGAUGGUGAUCUGAAGUUAGGAGCCAGAUAUUCCUCAUUUGUUGAAUUACAAAAAGCUGUUGAUGUCUACUGCAAGAAAAAUAAUGUUAGAUUUUUUCGAUCUGAUUCAAGGAAGUUGAAAUCAGCACCGAAUAGGAUAAAUCCUCAAAUCAUUGAGAAGACCCCAGAUUACCUGGUGUAUUAUUCUCUCACUUACACCUGUGUCUUUGGAGGCAAGAGCUUCAAAUCUAGGAACAAGCAUGAAAACAAGAGUUCUGUGCAAGAAGGUUGUAAAUUCAUCAUCAGAGUUGGCUUGACUAAAGAUUGUCAGAUGCUGCAAAUAAUUAAGAUGAGUGAUCCAGAGGUACACAAUCACGUUUUAUCAGAAGCCAGUCUGGCAGACAUGCCUAAAGUUCGAACUAGCGCAUCUUCAGUCCCGGCCACGACUUCUGCCACUGGUAGCAAGAAACUUUCAAAAACUCAACCGAGUCGAGUAGAGGAGAAGAAAGCAAGUAAAAAGGUUCCAGAAUCAAAGUUCUCCAGCAAAUAUAUAUACGGAACUCACGAGGACCAGUUAUUGCAUGAACACGAUAAUGCAAUGAACUUAACGAAAUAUAGAGAAACUGGUUUGUUUUGUGACACCGCUAUCGUGGCUAAGGAUGGAAUGUUGUAUGCUCACAGUGCCAUUCUUGCCAUGAACUGCCCUUAUUUCUACUCAGUACUCAAUCAACAGCCCUUCUACUCACCAAAAGCAAAUAUGGUUGACCUUUCCAAGUAUUCAUCUGUUGUCAUCAAUGAUCUGCUCGAUUUUUUCUACUUUGGAAAGAUGUCUAUGAAGUACAUGGAUGAGCUGAAUGAGAUGGUCAGUUACUUUGAUAUGGUCAUCAAUGUUGUCUCUGAUGAUGACGACGAUGAUGACGACGACGACGAUGAUGGAGAAGAAUGUGAGGGUGCUUCCAAUCAGGCUGCAGAAGAUGAAGGUGAUGGCGACGAAAAUGAGGAUGAAGAUGAUGACGAUGAUGAUGACGAUUUUGGCGAUCCAUUAGUCAGCAUUGAUGAAUUUGAAAACGAUCCAGUUGGAAAAAUUAACCAAACAUUAUCAAAAAAAAGCAAAAAAAGUAAAAGUUUUGAGCCUGUCAUGAAUCAUAAGGAUGUUGUAAAGUUAGCUGCUGCUUCCAAUCCAAAGGAGAAAGAUGUACCUGUCUCAACUGUAAAAUUGAGAAUUCCUCGAUCUGGCUUGAGGAAAAAAUUAAAUAAAAAUUUUUCAUGUGUUAGAUGCAAGAAAGUCUUCUCAUCACAACACGACCUCAUGAAGCACAAGUUGCUAUUUUGCAUGUUCAGCAAGUUGAGGAUUCGUAGUUAUUAA